UCUAUAUUUAAAAGUAUUGGAUAGCAUGGAAAGACUCUCAACACUUAUCAACUGUGAUGAAUUACCUCCUGAUUUUCUUCCUGUGAGUAAUAUAGAUACUCAAGCACCAGAACGUCAACGAAGGAUUGUGAUAGCAUAUGAUCAUUCUGAUAAUAGUGAUGCCACAUUUGCUAAGGUCAUUCGACUUGGAUUGAUCAGUCCUAAAGAUGAAAUUUAUAUUGUACAUAUCAUUGAACAAAGAGAAUUACAAAACAUUUUUGCACCCAUCUUCCAACAUACUGGUAUGAAUAAACCUUUGGGAAAUAGUGAAGUUGCUACCACUGCUCAUACUAUUACUGAAGGUUUAUUACAUGAAAUAAGAAAAGUUUUAAUGACAAAUGGUUUCGAAAAUGUCACGACGGAAGCUGUUUUGGGUGAUCCAAAACAAUCUAUGAUUGAUUAUUGUCAAGCUUGUAAACCCGAUUUCCUUAUUUGUAGCCCGCGCGGGUUAAAUCCUGUUCAAAAAAUGGUAUUGGGAUCCACUUCAUCUUUUCUCAUUAAAAAUAUUCCUUGUCCAGUCCUUAUAUGUAAAUUAACAGCACAAGAACUAGAAGAAAGAAAGAAAUAUAAUCAUGUCAAGACACAACGAUUUGAACAUUUGAUUGGAGCAAUCAAGGAAAAGUAUAAAUGA